AUUAUUAUUAUUAUUAUUAUAUCUUAUUUUACUAUAAACCUCUUCUACAUCACAAGCGGGUGUGUCCUAAUGAUUGACAGCUGAAUCUACUAAUCACAGCCUCCGUUUCUCCUGCCUAUGGGCGGAGCUUAUUCAGAACACGUUUCCUCCGCUGCGGCCAAUCAGAGCGCAGCGCGAGCAGCAGCACGGAGCGGCAGAGAGAAAGAAAGAGAAAGAGAGGAGGAGGAGGAGCAGGAGGAGCAGGAGGAGCGGUGCUGCUGCUCCGAGGUUUAAUCUGAAUAUGUUUUAAUAAUUGUCUCAUUCUGAUCCCUCAGCGCUGGUCAUUGCCCGGAUGUGUGAUGUGAGGGCAGUAGGAGGAUGAGGAGUCCGGCUGUGGACGGCAGCGGUCACUUCUUCUUCUUCUUCAGCUGGAUUUGACCACACAGACAGACAGACAGACAGACAGACAGGAGAUCCCGGAGAGACCGAGCAGGAUGAAGAAGCUCCGGAGAACUUUGUCGGACAGCUUCAGCCGCAUCGCGUUCAAGAAGGAGGACAGCGGUUUUGAUGAGAUAUGUGUCACAAAGAUGUCCACUCGCGGCUGCCAGGGAUCGGACUCGGUCAUCAAGCCCCUGGACACCAUCCCUGAGGACAGGAAGGUUCGAGUCCAGCGCACUCAGAGUGGCUUCGAGCCCUUCGAAAAGCCGGCCAGCCAAGUGAAGAGAGUGCACUCCGAGAACAAUGCCUGCAUCAACGCUAAGAGCUCGUCUGCAGGGAAGGAGUCGCCCAAACUACGCCGUCACUCCAGCCCCAGCUCCCCAACCAGCCCCAAGUUUGGAAAAGCAGAUUCCUACGAGAAACUGGAGAAACUGGGAGAGGGCUCAUACGCCACCGUCUACAAAGGGAAGAGCAAGGUUAAUGGGAAGCUGGUGGCUCUAAAAGUGAUCCGCCUGCAGGAGGAGGAGGGGACCCCCUUCACCGCCAUCAGAGAGGCGUCUCUGCUGAAAGGCCUGAAACACACCAACAUUGUGCUGCUUCAUGACAUCAUACACACCAAGGAGACCCUCACGCUCGUCUUUGAGUACGUGCACACAGAUCUGUGCCAGUACAUGGACAAGCAUCCCGGCGGUCUCCAUCCAGACAAUGUCAGACUGUUCCUGUUCCAGCUGUUGCGGGGUCUGUCCUAUAUCCAUCAGCGCUACAUCCUGCACCGCGACCUCAAACCCCAAAACCUGCUGAUCAGCGACAGCGGAGAGCUGAAACUCGCAGACUUCGGUCUGGCCCGAGCUAAGUCUGUCCCCAGUCACACGUACUCUAAUGAAGUGGUCACUCUGUGGUACCGGCCACCAGACGUGCUACUGGGAUCCACCGACUACUCCACCUGUCUGGACAUGUGGGGAGUUGGAUGUAUCUUCAUCGAGAUGAUCCAGGGAGUUGCAGCGUUUCCAGGCACGAAGGACAUCCAGGACCAGCUGGAGAGGAUAUUCCUGGUAUUGGGGACUCCAUCAGAAGAGACCUGGCCAGGUGUUCACUCUCUUCCUCACUUCAAACCAGAUCGCUUUACUGUGUACAGCCCCAAGAAGCUGAGACAGGCCUGGAAUAAGUUGGGCUACAUCGAUCAUGCAGAAGAGCUCGCCUCCAGGUUCCUCCAGUGCUUCCCUAAGAAACGCCUCUCAGCCCAGGCGGCUCUGCACCACGAAUACUUCAGCCAUCUACCAACCAGACUGUGGGAGCUCCCGGACAUGUCUCCGAUCUUCACAGUGCCGAGUGUGAAGCUGCAGCCUGAAUCAGGCGACUCCAUCCAGAUCUGCAGCAAAACCAACAGCAAAGGAGGGUCCAGCAGCAGCAGGCACUGACCGGCAGGGGGACAGCCAGGUUGCUGCUGGUGGUCUGUCGGGAUGAAGAGGAGGAUGAAGAGGAGGAGGAGGAGGGAGGCUCCUCAUACGCUCCAUUAACAGAUUGACGUCUGAGCUGAUGUGACUGUGUGAGUGAGUGAGUUAGAGCAGAGCGUCGCGUUCAGCAGAUUCACUUUCAUUGAUUUUAUUAGAGAAGUUCUGCGAUGUUUACACACCAUCAAUAACGACACUGAAGGACUACACACACGUCCAGUCUGUGUAUGUAGCUGCCUGUGGACGAAUGUACGGUGUGCUGGAAUGGACACAAAACACCCCCCCCCUCCACUCACAGGAGUCUGAUGAUGUUUAUAAACUCGUAAAAGACAAAUCAAACUUUUUUUCCAGUUACCAACAGACAGUACUCAGAUCAAACAUUCAGUAAUAAUAAUAAUAAUAAUAAUAAAUAAAAUUCUUUUUAUAUUAAUAACAGUAAACGCUGAUUUUAUACUUCUGCAUCUGCGUAUCUGUGAACGUGUCUAGCUGUCAUGUGGUUCUCACGGGUGUCUGCCAGCGUCCACUAGGGGUCACUGUUCAAAACCAGAAUAUACGGAAAACAAAGAGGAAAGUCUCACGUUUUUUUCAAGAAUUAAGACUGUAAUAUUUUGAAGAUCGUAUAAACAAAGAUGUACAUACGGUUGAGAUUUUGGCCUCUCAUUGUGAGCUAAGCUAACCAGUGUUGGUGUGGCUACUCAAAAACAGUAAUCCAAUACAAAUUACUGAUUACUUCUCGACUGUAAUGGGAUUACUUCACUGAUUACUUCCUUGGACAAAAUAACCUCACUAACAGUAAUAAUUACUUCUGAGCUUCUCUCUAAAACACAAACUCAUCUGUACUAGCUGUACAAACCCAAAAGUAAGGCUGGGCAAUAUGACAUUAUAUAUCGUUAUUGUGAUAUUAUGUCACAAUAUGCUUUUCUGAACAUAUUGUGUGUAUCGUCAGUGCUUGUAGACACUGACCGACUGCAUGAUUCAUUAUAAAGAGAGUGAAAUUAGUCCAGUUUAACUGGAUUUAGUGCAACACAAUAUGACAAAUACUGAUUUAAAAUCAUUUGAUAGCAUUUUUAAAAAUGUAGCCGUUUAUCUCUGUUCCAACUAAUCAGACGUGUGAAAAAAUAAAUACUGUGACAUCAUAUAUCAUGAAGAAGUAUCGCAAUAUUACAUCCACCCAACAGUCCUUUUAGUACUUUGUUUACAAUCAAAGAGUAAACAGCAUUUGAAAGCUCUUUAAACAGCACACAGUCAAUUCUGCUGAUUACAAUCAUCAGCUGAUGCUGUUUGAGUAGAAACAGUCCAAAAACGGCUGAAAUAAAGCCUUAAGCCCUAUUUGAGCUGGAUUAGUUUCAAUGGAGGUCCGAUAUUGAAAUCUGUGGGUGAUUUGACUGGUCGAUUCAUACGGGAUACAGGAUCUCUGUUAAGUUACACCAAAUGGGCUAGCAUUAGGCUAGUAAUGUGGGUACAUUCAACUCAGCAAAUGCAACCCAACAGACAGAAAACACGCUGCAUUGCGAGAGGAGCUUCCAAGAUAUUUCAUUUUCCCUCUCUUUGCAAUUCAGCCAUUACUGAAAACGUUGUGGAUUUCAGUCUUGUCAUUAAUUUGAGAAUUAAGGGUCAAAUCGAGCUCCAUUUUUAGCGGUUAGCCUCGUCUGCAGGUCACAAAAAAAGAAAAUAAAGAGAAGCGGCAGUAACGAGUGCACGAUUUAAGGUGGAACGGGAAAAUCCCAACGAUAGGAAGUCGACUUCAGCCUCAUCUGUUUUCCAUUAGCCGGUUUUGUUAUUACAUUACUGAGAUGUGGAUCGGACCAGGACUGCUGUUAUUGAGGAGCUCUGGGUUUGGAGAAUUGUAGAAGGUACUUCACUCCGGAGUUUCAUACUGGAUUAAAAUGACGGACCUCGUCGGUAAUCACUCAGAUAACAGCGCCUCCCCAGAUAAUACUAAUCCAGCUCCAACAGGGCUUUAAUGAUUAAGGUGUAAACGCUACAGAGCUGUUAGGGAACAGGAAUGGACUCUGCUCUGUUUAGCUGAGCUUCUGUUCUUCAGCACGGAGAUCUUACUCCAUCGCUUUCAUGUCAGCGUGAUUAGAUGAUCGGACAGAUUGUGUACAUACAAAGACCGACGUGUUUAAUCUAUAUAGAGGAAAGUUAUGAUUUUGUUAUGAUUGCUUCAGAAGAGGAAGAAUGAAUGACAGCUACUGUAGCGCGUUAUGUUUUACUAACACCGGCGCAGAUACGCAUCUUCACGGAAGUAUAAGUCACACGUAAGAGAACUGAGGAGGACGAUGACGAUGAUGAUGCUGAGGUCUGAUUGUUCAUACACACCUACUGCAGGGACAGAACUAAAGCAAUGACACACUCACAGCGUUAAUAGUUGCGGUAGUGCAGCUGUCUCGGUGUUCAUCUAUAUGUGUGUUUAAGUGUGUUUGUUGAAUACAGGCAAUACACUUACGCUGGUGCUAUCUGACCAGAGGGGGACAGACUGAUGGUCACUUUAACCCUUACAAGUCUACAGUUAUCACCGUCGGUACGCUGUUUUGUAACUACUACACUGUAAAAACAAUGUCCAGGAGCCAUAUUACAGAAACAUCCUCUCUUUGUCUUUAGAUCUGAAGGGUCAAGAUGAGAUUUUCCCAACUUGUAUUACAGAAUCAAAUCUGACCUUAAUUUAGGAAUCUUAUCUCCAGUUAGGGAAUCUUAACUUACUCAAUCAAAGUCGACAAUCAACUGUCAUGUCUAGGAUUAGACUAGCAACCGAUCAUAAACACACAGCUGAAAUGUAAACACGUCAUCAGAAUAAUGUUAAAAUGUGAGUUAAGCUGCUGUUACUGAUGUAAAAAAGGUCAAACAGAA